GGGCUAAGCUGCGCUGAGGUGGGCGGUGGGGUGCGGAGCGGAGCCGGUAGCUGAUGACUGCCUGUGGGGUGUGUGGGUGGCUCCGCUCGUGAUGCGCGCCCCGCGGGGGCUGCCGGGCCCGGCGCCGGCCCGCUGAGGCGCCGCGAGCGCCGUCUGGGUGCGAGGAGCCGCCUGGUUCUGCGGGGCAGCGUCGCCGCGGCCAUGCCGUGCACCUGCGGGAACUGGCGGCGGUGGAUCCGGCCGCUGGUGGUGCUGCUGUACAUCGUGGGGCUGCUGGUGGUGGUGCCGCUCUGCGUGUGGGAGCUGCAGAAGCUGGAGGUUGGAAUUCAUACCAAGGCAUGGUUUAUUGCUGGGAUAUUUCUACUAAUGACUAUACCAAUAUCUCUCUGGGGAAUACUACAACACUUAGUCCAUUAUACUCAACCUGAAUUACAGAAACCAAUAAUAAGGAUUCUAUGGAUGGUGCCGAUUUACAGUUUAGACAGUUGGAUAGCUUUGAAAUACCCCAACAUUGCAAUAUAUGUGGAUACAUGUCGAGAAUGCUAUGAAGCUUAUGUCAUCUAUAACUUUAUGGUUUUUCUUUCAAAUUAUCUAACCAACCGGUAUCCAAACCUCGUAUUAAUAAUAGAAGCAAAAGAUCAGCAGAGACAUCUGCCACCUCUAUGUUGUUGUCCGUCGUGGGCUAUGGGAGAAGUUUUAUUAUUUAGAUGCAAACUGGGUGUUUUGCAGUACACUGUUGUCAGACCAUUUACUACCAUUAUUGCUUUAAUUUGUGAACUAGUGGGAGUGUAUGAUGAAGGAAAUUUCAGCUUCAACAAUGCCUGGACUUACCUGGUUAUACUUAACAACAUGUCACAGCUAUUUGCUAUGUAUUGUCUGGUGCUGUUUUAUAAAGUGCUACGUGACGAACUGAACCCUAUCCAACCUGUUGGCAAGUUCCUCUGUGUGAAGAUGGUAGUUUUUGUUUCUUUCUGGCAAGCUGUGCUUAUUGCAUUGUUGGUGAAAGUUGGCGUUAUUUCUGAGAAACACACCUGGGAAUGGCAAAGUGUGGAAGCUGUAGCCACGGGCCUACAGGAUUUUAUCAUUUGUGUUGAGAUGUUCCUGGCAGCUAUUGCACAUCACUACAGUUUUUCCUACAAACCUUACGUUCAAGAAGCAGAAGAAGGGUCAUGCUUUGACUCUUUUCUUGCAAUGUGGGAUAUUUCUGAUAUAAGGGCAGAUAUAUCAGAACAGGUUCGAAAUGUUGGAAGGACAGUUUUGGGCCAGCCAAGGAAAAUGUUUUUUGCUGAGGAUCAUGAACAAAAUGAGCAUACGAGUCUACUGUCUUCAUCUACUCAAGACCCAAUUUCAGAUGCUUCUUCGAUGCCAUCUUCCCCCAUGGGCCACUACCAGGGGUUUGGACACACUGUGACACCUCUUACAACACCGACGACAGCCCCUGCAGUAGAUGGUAUUUAUAACACUAAUGCUGUUGAAGAUGCUGAGGAGUCACCUGAACUAGAGCACAAUUUAUCAGAAAAAGCUCUGGAUAAAAGUUAGACUCACCUUUUCCUUGAACGUCUGAAGGAGUCUGUGAGAUGCUUGCCACACAUAUUCUGUUAACAUAUACUCCUAGUGAUGGAAGUUUGAAAAGCUUGGAAAAGCUGCUGUGCGGACAGGAACAGGAUAUGGCUGCAACUGACAGCUGAAUUUGGAACCAAUAAUGGAUAUAUCUGUGAGUACCCCAUGAAUAUAAACCACGCACACUGGAACAGUUUCUGCAUACAUUUAAGAAUCAACUCCUUAAACUGCUAAACGCUUACACAACAUGUCAAAAUUACGCUGACUUUUCUUAAUACAAGAGAAGUAUUUGAAAAAAUACUCUGGUCUUCUAAAGAUGAAGUGUAAGUGCUGCUAGUGAUGGAAAAACUUAAUUUCAAGAAUGUAAUUUAAGGAGGGCAGUAGCAAAAAGUGUUUGUAUUAGCUUUGGUUGUCCUCUUAACAGUGGUUAACUUCCAUGCUCCAAUGCUGAGUGGAGUGUGGGUGAAAUGGAAACUUCUGUACAGAUGCCAUCACCUUCCCCUUCUCAUAGCUAAAUAAAACCCCUUCAUGAAGAUGAAUUAUUACAGAGCAUCAGUGAAGCAUCUAUACAAUGCAAGCAUUCCUUUCAGGCCUCGCUAUGAAAUUCCAUGCCCAGCACAUACAGUUGGCGCUGUUGUUCUUGUAGCUCAUGAUUUGUCUUUUACAUUCAGCUGAGACAGCUGGGAUGAUAGGUUCUGGAUUAAUACCUUACAAUUGACUUUUUUUCCUAUCCUUCUAAAACAAGAGUAAUGGUUACUACCUUAAAAUAUGGGGGGAGGGAAUAAAGGAUGUCAAAAAGGAGUUACAAACCAAAACUGCUUUCUUAAUAUUGGGCUACAGUAAAUUAUUUAACACUUAAGUUUGUUCUUUUUUUAAGCUGUUAAAGCAGGAUACCUUGACAAUGUGUCUGUAGUAAUUUGUAUUCAUAAAUUUGUGUGUAUGUGUGAUUACUGUAUUAUGCUUCUAGUAUAGCCUGGAUCCAAAUGUAAGAGGCGAUUUUGCCUACCAACCCCCAGAAAAGACCUUUGCUAAGGUAAAACUAAGUAGGUAGUCUAGUACUGGAGUUACCGGCAUUAGAUGUCUGACUAAGAAGUAUGCUUGUAUCAAAACAUUAUUUUGCAAAACUGACAGAAUCAGAGGACUGUUGUUUUUAUCCCAUUAUCAGAUUUUUACUCCUGUUGCAUGUUCGCAAUCUGACAAAAAACCCUACAGCACUGACCUUUUAAAUGACACCUAAAGGCUCUUUUCUAGCAUUGUUAGCAUUUACAAGAUAAUGUUUAACUUCUGGCUGUCCCAGUAAAUUCAUCUAAGUGCUUUUUGAUUUGUUUGGGGUUUUUUUUGUUUUGUUUUGUUUUUUUUUUUUGCAGUACUAGUGUGAUGUAAAUAUUGCGCCUUACUCACUAGGCUGCAUAUUUUACAGGUGACUGUAUUUGCUGUAUCUGAACUUAGUGGGAAAGUGCAAAUCAUAAUUUUCAAUUUGCCAAGUCAUUGCCUUUGUUGUAAAUAAGCAAUUAAAGAUUUUAUUUAAACUCUUCA